GCCCUUGUUUUCAAACAGGUAUUAGUAUUUGUUUUUUCUUUUUAAACUAAAAUCAUUCAACGAAAAAAAGAGAAUUUUAGAAAGUUCAGUUUGAGUAAACAUUGACGGCAACAACAACAACAAACCAGAGAAGCGAUUUUUUGCAUUGAAAGAAACCCUUAGAUUGAGAUCGGAGAAGACGAUGGAAUAUCUAGGGAUUGAUUUGAGUUGUGCCGUUGGAUCUCUUCGUAACGGAAACUUCCCUGACAAAGAUUGCUUGCUUCCUCUCAUUUCCAAACUCCUCGGUUACGCCAUCGUCGCCGCUUCCACCACCGUCAAACUCCCUCAGAUUUUGAAAAUUUUGAAGCAUAAAAGUGUGAGAGGCCUUAGCAUGUUAGCGUUCGAGCUUGAAGUUGUUGGGUAUACCAUAGCAUUGGCUUACUCUCUUCACAAAGGCCUUCCUUUUUCAGCUUAUGGAGAAUUGUUGUUUCUUUUGAUCCAAGCUUUUGUAUUGGUUGCCAUAAUCUACUACUAUUCUCAACCUAUUAGUACAAUCACAUGGAUUCGGCCAUUGAUAUAUUGCGCUGUAGCACCCACAGUCUUAGCUGGUAAAAUUGAUCCUAUCCUCUUUGAGGCCUUGUAUGCAUCCCAGCAUUUAAUAUUUCUGUGUGCAAGGGUCCCACAAGUAUGGCAAAACUUUUCUAAUAAAAGUACAGGGGAGCUCAGCUUUUUAACUUCUUUUAUGAACUUUGGAGGUUCAAUGGUUAGAGUAUUCACCACCAUCCAAGAAAAUGCCCCCCAAAGUGUUCUACUGGGCUAUGCAAUUGGUGUUGCGACAAAUUUUACCAUCUUAAGUCAGAUAGUGAUGUACCAAAAGCCUCAGGCUACUAAAGAGAAGAAAGUGAGAUAAAACUAUACGGGUAUCUCCGUAUCCCUUCAUUGUGUUCAACUCUCAACAGGCGCUGCUGCUGCUGCUGCUGCAGCAUGGACAUGCCAUGCACACAAUUUUAUCAGUCUUGAGUCAACCCCCUAACUUUACGCAAUUUCAAUGACCUUUCUUACGAUAGCCAAUAGUGCAUAAG